AUGAAGAUUCUGGUUGGAGUAAAGCGAGUGAUCGACUAUGCUGUUAAGGUUCGAGUUAAGCCGGACAAAACUGGCGUCGUCACAGAAAAUGUCCAACAUAGCAUGAACCCGUUCGACGAAAUCGCCCUGGAGGAAGCUGUGAAAAUGAAGGAAAAGAAACUAGCAACUGAGGUGGUGGCCAUUUCACUAGGAGGUCCGAAGUCUCAGGAGAUUCUUCGGACAGCACUGGCCAAAGGAGCUGAUAAGGCCAUUCAUGUAGAGGUGCCGGACGCGGAGCUCCCAAAAGUUGAGCCUUUGCACGUGGCUAAGGUCUUCCAGAAGAUUGUUGAGAAACACAAGUUCGACGUGGUUUUCCUAGGAAAGCAGGCCAUUGAUGAUGAUGCAGCUCAAACUGGACCACUGUUGGCUGGCCUGUUAGAUUGGCCACAAGCGCUGUUUGCUAACAAGGUUGAGAAAGCAGAUGAUAGUCACCUGCAAGUGACCAGAGAAAUUGACGGAGGAUUGGACACAGUGAAAGUAAAAUUACCAGCAGUUUUAUCUGCCGAUUUACGUCUGAAUGAGCCUCGUUACGCUACAUUACCAAAUAUUAUGAAGGCAAAAAAGAAGCCAAUGGAAAAGCUUACAGCAAAAGAUCUUGGCGUUGAUCUUACGCCACAAACUAAAACACUAGAGGUGAACGACCCUCCAGUCCGUCAAGCGGGAGAAUUCGUCGAAGACGUGCAUACGCUGAUCGCAAAGCUCAAAGAGAAGGGUUUCGUAAAAGCAUAA